CCCCACCCCCACACCCCGCAGCCACCAUGUCCGCCCUCGACGCAGACAGCAUGGACGUCGACCACCCCCUCCUCGACCGCGCGCUGGACGACAUUCCCGCCCGCCGCGCGCCCGACGAGCCAGUACCGGAGCACGUCUCGGCGCUGAUGGGCCGCAUGGGCAAGAACAAGAUUUAUUUGGCAGAGGAGAGCCCGGCGGUUAUUCACCACGAUGGGGCGGAGAGGUUGAGGAGGGAUCCGCGCCUCGCUCGCCUCGUCGACGAGCUCGACAGGCAAGACCCCACCCCCUGGCUCGAUGCCAUCUCUGAGACGGCUGCCGCGCCGAUCCGCCACACCGCGCUCUACGUCUCCUCCGAGCUCAUCAAGCACCUGUCCACGGCCAAGGUGUUCACCUGGGCAUCCGAGUACGGCGCGACGCCGAUGGGUAUCGAGUGGCUGAACGACUCGACGCUCGUGCUCCUGUUCCACACCCCCGCAGCGGCGCUUCUCGGCCUGUCAGUGCUGUCAAAGGCAGGCUUCGACCCAACCGAGGGAGAUGACCCGCUGCUCGAGCGCGCGGCGUUCCAGUUCCCCGCGAGCCUGCUCCCGCGCGCUGAGGCGCCAAAGCCGAAGGAGCUCGACUACGAGGGCGGCGAGACGCUCAACUACGAGGACGAGGACGAGGCUCCCAAGGCGCCCGCCGUCGACGCCGACGCAGACCCGGACGCGCCGGUGAAGCGCGGACGCGGUGGCUUCUCUGCUGGGCGGGAGCCAACAGGCUCUGCUCACGGACGGUUCGACCUCGCGCCGCUCGCCAAGCCCGCGGCGCUCGAGUUCGCCGAGGGCGUGGACCCGCACGCGCGCGUGACGGUGCGGUAUGCGACCACGGCCGACGCGAAGCAGAGAAAGGAGGCCGGCCAGUCGGAAUGGUACAAGCGCCACGGGCGCGGGGCCGGCAAGGAGGUCGCGUCCGGACGCAGGGGGUACGGGCGGGACGAGUACAGCGGACGGCUCAGCGACAGAAUCGGCACGGCGGGCGAGGGACGCGACUUUGCGCGCCGUAUUGGGCGGGAGCGCGAGCGCGAGCGGCCGUACGACCGCCCUGCUCCACGCGGAAGGGCACGCGAGGACGACCUUGACGCCGAGUUGGAGCGCAUGGCUGCGUCCAGGGCGGCCGGGGAGGACGUGUACGAGCGGCGAGAUGAGCGCCGCGAGCGACGAGGAGGCGGGGACAGGCGUGGGGAGCGUGGGUCAAGGCCGGAACGGCGGCCGCGCGCGCGUCAGGACGACUUGGAUAAGGAACUCGACGACCUGUUCGCCGCGAGGUCGACGGCGUAG